AUAGUUAGGGUAAGAAUGAUCAUGUUGGUUCGUAAGGUGUUCGAUGUGGAGGGGUGGUUUUGUUGUCUUUAGAGGAAUCAAUGAAUUUCCGCAUAUGCUUCUUGUAGCAAUGGCUGAAAAGAGAAGAGAUGAGACUUCUACUUUAAUAAUAUAGAUAGAUUUUCUUAAUAUCUUCACAAAAAGAUCAAUUACUAUUUAUUUACAUAUCUUAUUUAAUUUUACAGAAAUAUAUUACUAUUUAUAAAUAACUUUAUCAUGUAAAUUGAUUUCAUAUCAAAUAUAUCCAUUUUAUUAAAUUGUUUAUAUAUAACUUUUUGGAAAAAUAUCUCAUAAUGGGUUACUUAUAGGCCAUACAAGUCUUUAAAUUGUUUUUUUUUAUUUUGUAAUAGUAUUUCAAUAUGCCCCAUCAUAAAAUAUCUGUGCUCAGUUAAUAUAGUAGCCAAAGUUUCACAAUUCAGAAAUGGUUUACAAUCCCCACAAGUAAAUCCCCUAUAUGUGUCCUGUGACUUCUCUAUAAAUUGUAUCAUUUCCUCAACGUUUUUGUUUGCCUCUUUUGAUUGUUCUAACAAAUCGGUUAUUCAAUACUGUUGAAUCUAUUGUUAUUUUCUUUAAAAUUUCUGAACUUUAAUCAUUAGAAAACUCUAUUACUUUGCAAUUUGCAUUGUUUUUAGCUGCACUAAGAUGGAAACACCAAAUAGCUUAGAAAAAAUCUCAAGGUGGGAAAAUAUGGAGAAAAACAUAUUAGCCAAGAUAUUUGGGAUGCUCAACGUUGUUGAUAUAAUCAAGGGGACAUCUCGCGUCUGUGUCUCUUGGUUCCUUGCUUCUCACAACAAAUCUUUAUGGAAGACUAUAGACUUAAGUAAUCUCAAGUCAAUUAUUUCAAAAAUUCCUGAUAAGGCAGACCAUCUGUCUAAUGACGAAGAACACCAAUAUGAGCUCAGAAAUAUAUUGGCUGAGAUAACUAAAUUUAACAGCUCAGUCACGACAAAUCUAGUCUUUGAUAACUGUUACUAUAUACAAGUGGAGGAACUCGCGAUCAUUGCUCCAAGGAUGCCAAACGUAAAAAAAUUGUCACUGCCGCUCUAUCAUAAUCUAAAUGAGAAUUCACUAAUGUUUACAUUCAGCCAGUGGAAGAAUCUCCAAACGUUAGUCAUUACUCAACCUGGUUUACCCAUUAGAAAUGCUAACUUUCGCGCCAUUGGAGAGAACUGCAAGAACCUCACCAGCCUAAAGCUUAUCCGGCUUUUAGACAAUGACUUAGCCUAUCAAAUUGUGAGUUACUUCUCAAACCUGGAGAGUUUAAGCUUCCGAGGUGCAGCUUUAUACAUAGAUGCACUAUUGUCGCUUGUCACUGAUCACCAAAACCUCAGGAACCUAAAUCUUUCACAUUGCUUAUACAUAGAUUGUAAAGGAUUUGCUAAUGUAUACUACAAUAACUACAUAAAGGCGUCAGGUUUAGAGACCGAAAAUAUCGUACAAACUGCCACUCAAAAGCUUGACACAUUUAUCGUGUGUUCAAAUCAUUGCGAGACAUGCAACGAGUUGCGGAGACGUAUGCGAGGUCGUUGGGAUUUUCACUGCAACUACUGUAUGUUGUCCAUGGCGCAAUGGAAAACUGAUGAGAUAAAGGAACUUGAGUUUUAAAAUUUCUAAGUUUUGUUUAGUGUCUUGAAUAAAUGUUUAUUUUCAUGGAAAAUAUUUGGUUAUUGGACUAUUUUUAUUGUUCCUUCCUACAAUCGUUAUAAAUCUCUUAUCAAUUUAUUUUAUAUAUAUAUAUAUAUAUCAAUUUACUUUAUAUAUUUAUCGCAUAAAUUCAAAACAGUUUACUGAAAGUUAACAUUUUUUUCAUGAUUAAGGUUUGAGUAAAUGUUUAUUUUCAUGGAAAAUAUUUGUCACUAUUCCUUUCUACAAUCGUUAUAAAUCUGUUAUCAAUCUAUUUUUAUAUUUCACAUAAAUUCAAAACAGUUUAUUGAAAGUUAACAUUUGUUCAUGAUUAAAUGUUUAUUUUCAUGGAAAUUACUUUGUCACUAAAUUUUUUUUCUUGCUCCUCACAUUUACAUUUUUUUUUUGUAUUAUUGAUAGAUACCGGUUUGUCCAAAGCUCAGCUCUAAUAGAUUGACACCGAAACUGUACAAGUUUUGUAAAAACCGGCUGAAGAGAUACCGAUCACCCAACAACCACCGUAGAAAAAUACAGUAACCCAAAAGUUUUAGAUUCUAACCGCACCAAAAAAAUCCUUUGUGCACCAACUGGCUUGACACUGUAAGAACACCAAUACCACACUUAUUUGGCUUGACUGUAUAAACAAAUGGAGGAAAACGAAUAUGAAAUCACAAAAUUUGACGGAAACAAAAUUUUGAUACCAUAAUAAAAAAUGUAAGCAAGCAUAAGAGCAGCUCCAUUGAUGAGUUCUAAUAGAGUAUUUAAAGAUCAAAAAGGUAAAAAAUACAAAUAAAGUAGGAAAGAGAUAGAGAAUUGA